UUAAAACUUUCCACGAAGGUGCACAAUAAUUGAAGUGGCAAGACCAGUACUAGUAGAGAGUCUACGUUUCUCUUUUGGUCAAUAUAGUGGAGUUGAGGUUCACGUUCGUGUUUGAUCACCCACUCGGAAGAAUGCGAAGGCAACGAUUCAAUUGCAAAUCUUGCGAAGGUGGUUUCGACGGAUAUGGCGGCGGCAUGUACUGCAAGGGGUGCUACAUGGAGGCCGACAUGAUCAAGGUGCAGUUGAUGGGUGAGAACGAAGAGCUCAAGGAUAAGAUUGAAUUUCUCAAGUUGUGCUCGCCGUCGCCGACCACUUCUACUACGUCACUGGCAGCUUCCUUCUCCGACGUCGUUCUGAUUGCCUUGGACUCUGACAACUCCCCUUCUGAGCCGCCCGUUCAGGCUCAUAAGGCCGUUCUGGUGAACCGCUCUCCGGUGUUCAGAGCCAUGUUUGAGAAUGAAGAGAUGGAAGAAAGUCGGAGUGGUACCGUUAACAUUGCCGAUGUGCGCUACGAUGCCCUACAAGCUUUUGUCAGCUACCUCUACACUGCUGAGACAUGCCUUAACCAGAACUUGGCAUGCGACCUCCUAAUACUGGCUGAAAAAUACCAAGUGCAGCAUCUCAAGCACUACUGCCAGAAAUUCUUGGUGUCCAAGCUCAACUGGGACAAUGCGCUUACGACCUACACCUUCGCCUGGCGCCAUAACGCGGAGGACGUCAUGGACGCGGCCUUGGAAGUGAUCACCGACAACAUGGACAAGCUCACUGCCCGGUUGGAGUACGACGAUUUGGUGAAGAAUGAUCCCCAACUCGUCAUCAAAAUCUACGAAACUUAUCUCUCCAAACAGGUUAAUACUGAUAGGGAGGGAGAUGGGGAGAGAGAUUCUUCAAGUGGGGACGCGAGUGGCACGAAGGACUGGGAAUGCGGGGAGUGAGGCUCGGGGUGGUGAUCCCUGUUGAUCGUGGAGGGAGGCGGACCGUUGUGCGGAUUUCUGGUGGCCAUCUGCAGCUUUAGGAGGUCUUUCUGUGUGGUUUGUUUGUGUGUGCUGGGCUCCAAGGUUGGGCUUCAGCCAUUAUCUUUAUAUGUUUGUGCCCCCUUUUUCUUUUUUUUUUCUUUUUUUUUUUGUGCUUAACUUGUUUAGGCCUUUGUUGUACUUGUGUUGAUUGGUAAUGAAAUUUACCUUUUAUCAGGAAAGGAAAAAAAAAUAAUAAUGAAAAGAAUUUGAAAACUUUGAGUUUUAAUGAUAUGGAUAAAAUAAAUAGUAAAUUGAAUAGUA